AUGCAACUCAUCUUACUCCUCACUAUCCUCGCUGUUCUGGUCCCAACCUUUUCUCUCCCCAUGAAUUUUAACGAACCAAGGAUAAUCGAUGACCAAGAUGGUGGAGUUCGAACAGCCCGGGACAUCCCUGAACCCACGCCUACAUUCGAUGGUCAAGCAGCCAACAUCGAAGCUACACCUUUACCGGAGUUCGAGAUCGGGGAGAACGGGAUCGUCAUUGGAUCUUAG